UUGACCUACGUGGCGAUGAUUUUACAGCUCGUCAAGUUGAAGGAAUGCGAGAGCGACGUCCACGCUGGUGGUUUGGAGGCUUGGCCGCGACGAUCGUUGCCUGCGUUGUGGCGCCCCUCGAUCUCGUUAAGAGUCACAUGCAAACACAAAGAAAGAAAAAGUCCAUUCUAUUUACGGCUCUCAAGGUGAUACGCCUCAGAGGUUAUCUUGGCUUCUACGAUGGUUUCUCGGCAGCUGCCUUUCGUCAGAUGACCUGCACCAGCAUACGUUUCAGCAUUUAUGAGGCGGGCAAAUAUCACGAGAUUCUUAAUGAGAACUUCUUACAGAAGAUCGCCCUAGCAAGUUUUGCUGGCGUUAUGGGCGCCGCAAUUGGUAUACCCCCAGACGUGAUAAACGUUCGCAUGCAAAACGAUAUGAAAUUCAGCAACAGAGAAAGGCGCAACUAUAAGCACGUUUUUGACGCACUCGUGCGCAUACCAAAGGAGGAGGGCUUUUUCUCAUUGUACACUGGGGCCUCGGCUGCCUUUCUAAAAUCAGCAGUCGGCACAAUUGGGCAAAUAGCAGUCUAUGAUCAAAUCAAGACGAUGCUGGUGUUUUAUUUCAAGAAAGAAGACGAUUUUAGGCUUCAUUUCCAAAGCUCGUUCUUAUCUUCGAUUAUAUCAUCGGUCAUUUCUCAACCAUUCGAUGUGCUUAAGACAUUGAUGAUGAAUGCUCGACCAGGAGAAUUUAAAACUCCAAAUCAUAUCUUUGUUCACAUGAUGCGCUUCGGACCAUUAGGAAUAUUUCGGGGACUUCUUCCAAAUUUAGCACGAAAAGGACCAGCCACAAUCCUGUUGUUUUUAAUCUACGAGCAAUUACGCAUAAAUUUGGGAUAUAUAGACCCCUAAGAAGGACUGGGAACAUAUUUAAUAAACCAAAAACCUGGAGCAGAACUUUAAAGUGAAGUCAACGAAUGCGGCGUUUAAUUGAAAUGGCUAUUCUUAAAGUUUCUAAGCAUUUUUACUAAGACAGCGAAUAUAAAUUUAAAAAUAAACCACAUGGAGCAAAUGAAGUAGAAGAGCUGACGAGUAGAAAAGUAGAAAAACAAUAUAAAUGGUAGGAGCAAAUAUAAGAGAAAGACGGCGAAAGAAAGGGUGCCAAAAAAGAGAGAAGGAGGGUCACAAAACGAGUAAAUUAAACCAACUACUGUAUAUUUAUACUAUACAUGUGCAAUAUUAACCAAUUUCUAGCCGUUCGC